AUGGAGGGUUCCCUUCGUCCGUCGUCCCAGCCUGGGUCGAUGGAUGAUAUUCAUGAUGAGACCGCCAGUGCUGCAACUGUCUACGGAGAGGAAACCCCUCGCAAAACCAGCCAAAAAGCCAGUUCAGAGCCUAGCAUUCACAACGAUUGGAGCCUACUCUCCCGCGUCCAGGAACAACAUCAACGCGAUUUAGCUUCCGGUUUCAAGGCCCAGGAGCUCGGUGUCACCUGGCAAAACCUUAAUGUCGACGUCAUUAGCUCCGAAGCUGCUGUCAACGAGAACGUCUUCUCCCAAUUCAACAUUCCGCAACACAUCAAGGAAUCCCGCAACAAGGCCCCCCCUCCGCACCAUCCUCCGAGACAGCCAUGGAUGUGUCAAGCCCGGCGAGAUGCUGCUGGUUACAAGUCCGUGGAGGGAGACGUGCGCUUCGGCUCAUUAUCCCCAGAAGAGGCCAGCAAUUACCGAGGCCAGAUCGUGAUGAACACAGAGGAAGAGCUUUUCUUCCCGACCCUUACGGUUGGUGAAACUAUGGACUUCGCUACCCGUCUCAAGGUUCCAUACAAGCUCCCCAACGGCGUUGACUCCGCCACCACAUAUGCCGACGACUCGAAGAAGUUCCUUAUGGAGGCGAUGAACAUCUCACACACCGAAGGUACAAAGGUCGGAAACGAAUACGUCCGUGGAGUUUCCGGUGGUGAGCGCAAGCGUGUCUCAAUCAUCGAAUGUCUGGCCACUCGUGGAUCCGUCUUCUGCUGGGACAACAGCACCCGCGGUCUGGACGCCAGUACUGCAUUGGAGUGGACUAAAGCGAUUCGCGCUAUGACAGAUACCUUGGGCCUUUCCACCAUCGUCACUCUCUACCAAGCAGGCAAUGGAAUCUACGACCUCUUCGAUAAGGUUUUGGUUCUCGAUGAGGGCGAGCAGGUCUUCUACGGAACUCGUGCCCAGGCCCGUCCGUUUAUGGAGGAGGCUGGCUUCAUCUGCCGGGAGGGUUCCAACGUUGCUGAUUUCCUUACUGGGGUUACAGUUCCUACGGAACGUCGCAUUCGAGAAGGCUAUGAAUCCCGCUUUCCUCGUACCAAGGAGGCUCUGCGAACAGAGUAUGAGAAGUCUCCCGUCUACUCUGAGAUGAAGAGUGAAUACAACUACCCUACUUCUGAUGUCGCACUCCAAAGAACCCAGGACUUCAAGGAUGGAGUUGCUUUCGAAACGUCGAACGGUCUACCGAAGAACAGCCCUCUGACUGUCAGCUUCACCGAGCAGGUGAAGGCCUGUGUUUCUCGUCAAUACCAAAUCAUUUGGGGUGACAAGGCGACAUUUAUCAUCAAGCAGGUGGCUACUUUGAUUCAGGCCCUGAUUGCUGGUUCCCUCUUCUACAAUGCGCCUAACAACUCCGGUGGCUUUCUGCUUGCUAUGUCCGAGGUGACGGACUCCUUCCACGGCCGCCCUGUCUUGAUUAAGCACAAGGGCUUUGCCAUGUUCCACCCCGCCGCUUUCUGUCUUGCUCAAAUUGCGGCCGAUAUCCCCGUUCUCCUUUUCCAGAUCAGCAUGUUUUCUCUAGUCGUGUACUUCAUGGUCGGCCUGACAAUGUCUGCUGGAGCUUUCUUCACAUACUGGAUUAUGGUCUUUGCUACCACAAUGACCAUGACCGCUCUUUUCCGUGCUAUCGGCGCCCUCUUCUCUACAUUCGAUGGUGCCUCUAAGGUUUCUGGAUUCCUCAUCUCUGCUCUGAUCAUGUACACCGGUUACAUGAUUCAGAAGCCUCAGAUGCACCCCUGGCUGGGCUGGAUUUUCUGGAUUGACCCUCUGGCUUACGGCUUUGAGGCUCUUCUCUCGAACGAAUUUCACAAGAAGAUCAUCCCUUGCGUCGGAAACAACCUUAUUCCCAUGGGACCCGGUUAUGAGGACUCCACAUAUGCCGCUUGUGCUGGUGUUGGUGGCGCUCAGGUCGGUGCCACUGUUGUUACUGGCGACGAAUACCUCAGCUCGCUCUCAUACAGCCAUGCUCAUCUGUGGCGUAACUUCGGCAUUAACUGGGCUUGGUGGGUUCUCUUUGUGGUUGUUACCGUGAUUGCAACUUCACGCUGGCAAUCCCCCGGCGAGAGUGGUAACUGCCUUGUCAUUCCACGUGAGCGAUUGGACCAAACUGCUCUGAAGCCUGGUAAGGACGAGGAGUCCCAGGUGCAAGAAAAGACCAAGACACCUGUCGAGAGUGGUACUCAGAGCGAUGAGGAAAUCGAUCAGCAACUUGUUCGCAACACAUCUGUUUUCACUUGGAAGGACCUACAAUACACUGUCAAGACCCCCACUGGCGACCGCGUCCUGUUAGAUAAUGUCUACGGAUGGGUAAAGCCAGGUAUGUUGGGAGCUCUGAUGGGUUCUUCCGGUGCUGGAAAGACAACCCUGCUUGAUGUUCUGGCUCAGCGCAAGACCGAAGGAACUAUCCGCGGUUCUAUUCUGGUGGAUGGUCGCGAACUUCCUGUCUCAUUCCAACGCUCUGCCGGAUACUGUGAGCAACUUGACGUUCUGGAGCCAUUCGCCACUGUACGUGAAUCUCUUGAAUUUUCCGCUCUUCUCCGCCAAGCCAGCGAUAUUCCACGCGAGGAGAAGCUGAAGUACGUCGACACAAUUAUCGAUCUUCUUGAACUGCAUGACCUUGCGGAUACUCUGGUCGGCUAUGUGGGUGCUGGUCUGAGCGUUGAGCAGCGCAAGCGUGUCACUAUCGGUGUCGAGCUUGUUUCAAAGCCCAGUAUCCUGAUUUUCCUUGAUGAACCAACCUCCGGCCUUGACGGUCAGUCUGCCUACAACACCGUUCGAUUCCUGCGUAAGCUUGCCGACGUUGGGCAGGCCGUUCUCGUUACUAUUCAUCAACCCUCCGCUCAACUAUUUGCCGAAUUCGAUACAUUGCUCUUGCUUGCUAAGGGCGGCAAGACAGUUUACUUCGGAGAUAUCGGUGACAAUGGUCAGACUGUCAAGAACUAUUUCACUCGCUAUGGAGCCCCAUGCCCGGCUAAUACCAACCCUGCUGAGCACAUGAUCGAUGUUGUCUCUGGUCAACUUAGCCAAGGCAAAGAUUGGAACCAGGUCUGGCUGGAGUCUCCUGAGCAUGCCAAGUCAUUUAAGGAGCUUGAGGACAUCAUCAGCACUGCAGCAUCAAAGCCUCCUGGUACUUUUGAUGACGGCCGUGAGUUUGCUACUACUCUCUGGGAGCAGACCAAGCUGGUUACCGCCCGUAUGAGCAAGGCUCUUUACCGCAAUACCGACUAUGUCAACAACAAGUUUGCCCUGCAUAUUGGCUCUGCUCUUUUCAACGGCUUUUCCUUCUGGAUGAUCGGCGAUAGUGUCGGCGACAUGCAGCUUCGUCUCUUCACUAUCUUCAAUUUCAUCUUCGUUGCGCCCGGUGUGAUCAACCAACUGCAACCUCUGUUUAUCGAGCGCCGUUCUAUCUACGAGCAGCGUGAGAAGAAGUCCAAGAUGUAUUCGUGGAUUGCAUUCGUCACCUCUCUGGUUGUCUCCGAGCUCCCUUAUCUUUGCGUGUGUGCCGUGCUGUACUUCGUCUGUUGGUACUACACUGUCGGAUUCCCCAGCGAGUCAAGCAAAGCGGGUGCGACCUUCCUGGUCAUGCUUCUCUACGAGUUCGUCUACACCGGUAUCGGCCAAUUCAUCGCUGCCUACGCUCCGAACGCCACCUUCGCCGCAUUGGUCAACCCAGUUUUCAUCGGUACUCUGGUUUCCUUCUGCGGUGUGUUGGUCCCAUACGCCCAGAUCCAGGCCUUCUGGCGCUACUGGAUGUACUACCUGAACCCAUUCAACUACCUCAUGGGCAGCAUGCUGGUCUUCGACGUCUGGGACACAGAUGUUAAGUGCAAGGCUAGUGAAUUUGCCAUCUUUGACCCUCCCAGUGGAAAGAGCUGCGGCGAGUACCUCGCCACUUACAUGCAAACCAUCGGUGCACGCAUGAACCUCGUCAACCCUGACGCAACCGAGAGCUGCCACGUCUGUCAGUAUACCAAGGGUGCUGACUACCUGUAUACCAUCAAUCUGAAGGAGUAUUAUUACGGAUGGCGAGACACUGGUAUCGUUGCUAUCUUCGCCCUCAGCUCGUAUGCUCUUGUGUACGGUCUGAUGAAGCUGCGAACCAAGGCCUCCAAGAAGGCCGAGUAA